AUGCUAUCAGGCGAGAGGCCGGUAGCUAUACGUCAGCUGCUCCUCGUUGAGAUGGGACGAAAAGCGAUUCGGCCGCUUUUACGCCAGUCUCGCCCUCUAAGCAGAUCAGAAGAUGUUAGCUUGGAUGCUUCAGCAUGGUGUUCUCACUCCAGUUACCUGCGUAGUAAGAACAAUUCUGCCGGAUUGAAAGUUACGGAGAGCACAAGUUGCCUUUCUCAAUCCGCCCAUGCCUGUCCUGGCUUCAAGGAUUACUUCUCUCACUCUUCCACCUCAUCCCAAGCCCAGAAGAACUCUCCUUACUAUCCGGACCCUCUCACUUCUUCCACUCCUUCCCAAACCCAGAAGAGCUCUUCUCACUAUCCGGAAUCUCUCACUUCUUCCAUUUCAUCCCAAGCCCAGAAGAGCUCCUCUUACUGUCCGGAAUCUGCAGUUUCAUCUCCCAUUCUCAUUUGCUUCAAGGGCACACAAACUCAUCGUUCCUACACUCUCAUUGCUCCACUUUCUCUUAUCUUUCUUGACGCAAUCACAAGCCGGUAUUCGAAUCUGAUCACACCGCUUGCAAGAACAAUAUCUAUGCCGCUGCUGGAAGGGCGGAAGCGAAAAUGGUACGAGUCCGAUACCGAUGAUGGGAACGACCAUGAAACCGGGACAAGGAUCUGGACACCAAAGGAGAUUGUGGUUAUCGACGACGAGGAUCAUACCGCAGGGCGGGGAACGGUGGAGGAUCCCAUUCGGUUCCGAGAAUUUACGACCGGAAAUAUCAUUCCGGACGCCCAGCAUGGAACGAUUUUCACUGUCGACGACGACGAAGAAGAGGAAGAAAUGGCCACGACGGCGACCAAUAUGGGACAGGGGUUGAGGGAGAGGAGGGUCUCAUCAGUCUUUCCAAUCGAGGAUGAUUGUGAAGUGCAAGAGCGGGUCCGAGGACUGAGCGAAAGAGACUACUCAUUAUCCCCCAACGACUAUGCCUUCUCUAGGGGAAAGAGCUCGCAGAGCAGGGGUGUCUCUACAGACUCCCGGGCUUGUUUCGAUAACGCGAUCUCCUACCGUGGACACGGUCCUGUUUUCACAGACUCGGAAUCUGGCAACGAGUCUGAUGCAGAUGACGACGAUAUCCCUGGCGCAAGUUCUUCACAAGACAGUAACGACUCGGAACAAAUUGAGACGCCAAGUUCGAGCCAACUGGAGGACGGGAUCCCCUUAUUAGGUGCCACUGAAGACACUAUUCAUCAAGAAAGUAUUUUCAGGCCAGUAAUCAAAGAGUGCGUUGACAAGUCGACUUGCUCAAUCGUUCAAACCGAGGUUUUCGACAAAGAGAGCGAGCAGAAAAGGCGGGAAGAAGAGAAUAUCCAGAAGAAGUCUCUGUUUUUCUCCGCUUGGGCACCCCACAACAUAGCUCACUUGGAAAGCAGACUUGCAAAACUUCGACCAGCCGCCAUGAAUGUAGGAGAAUGCUGGCUCUACCCAGGGCCAACGCAUGUAUGGCAGUCGGCAUUGAAGAUCUAUGUUACCUUCUCGUGUGAAGGCAGGACUUACAAAUACACCAUCAACGCUGGAUUCGUUGCACUUCUGGUGCAUGGGCUUCUUACCGAGGCAUUCAAGGAAGGCAUCAUCAAGCAUCGCUGGCACGCGAGCCACCUAUGUGGAAACUGGCGCUGCACCAACCCAAUGCAUCUCGUGGCGGAACCUGGUGGAGUUAACAGCAGGCGGAACCUAUGCUUCUAUGGACAUCUGUCCACCUGCGAUCAUGACCCGCCUUGCUUGAAGCACCUCAAGUUGAAGGAGAGUUUCGUUACCCGAGAGGAGAACCACCAAAGCAGUCAAGAGGUGGGCUUGCCCAGCAACAGUCAACGUCAAUGGUAGCCCGCUCUGAAACGAGUCCUUCCGAAGUAACGAUAAGCCCAGGAAUGUCGAUUAUGGUCUCAUUCCCCGUUUUUCAUUGAUCUACAGGCUUUGGAGUUUCGUAGGCCUCGCUUACGACCAUGUAACGGAUAUAUACGAAGUCAGUGUUAGACCAGGCAGGUCUUUGUCACCUUUUUAUUGUCCUCGUGGGACGAGCACUCGUCCGCAAAUAUCGACAAAUCGAAUCAACCAACGUGUGGCUAUCUCUCGACGAUUUCAAAUGAUACCAGGGAUCUGAUUAUACUUUGACAUAUAUGCAUAUCUAGGGAC